AUGGGGCUGGUGGUGCUGGCCCUGGCCGCCUGGCUGGGGCUGGCCUCAGCAUCCGAGGAGGUGGCCAACAGCAGCCGGCUCUGCCGGGAGGCACCGGCAUGGAGUGUCAAUGGCUUGAGCCCCAUGGAGGGGGCGGCGGGGCAGGUGGGGGUGGUGGCCCUGCUGAAGGCCAGCUGACACUUCUGCCUGCAGCAGGCCCACAGCCUCGGGGAUCUGCGGGAGAGGCUGGCCCGGCAGGGCACGGUCGAUGUUCGCUACAUGAUUGUCAACGAGAAGUCUCCGCUCUCCCGUGCCAUGUUUGGGGAGCUGGAGCACCAGGCCCCGCCAGGCGUCCCCGUCUUCCAGCCGGAGCCGGAGGAGCCCGACGUCUGGCAGGUCCUGGGGGGUGACAAGGACGACUUCCUCGUCUACGACCGGUGCGGCCGCCUGGCUUUCCACAUCCAGCUGCCCUACAGCUUCCUCCACUUCCCCUAUGUGGAGUCGGCCAUCCGCUUCACCCACAGCAAGGACUUCUGUGGCAACUGCUCCCUCUACCCAAACACCACCCAGGAGGCUAACAGUACCACGGAGGUCCCUGUAACCCUGAGCCCGCUUCCCGAACAAGAGGGGAAGGAGUUGGAGACCCCCAUCCACCAGCACAACCCCCUCCAUCCUCACCACCACCAGAAGGUCAGCAGCGAGAGAGCCACAGACCCGAGUGGGGACCGUGAACCUGCCACCCAUGCUCACCGCAACCAUGGGGACCACAGCCAGCCCCAUCACGAGGGGAAGAAGCAGAAGGAAGGA